AUGGCCUCUUCAGUUUUGAAAAAGUCAGCUAAGGAUAUAGUCAUAUUACUGGCUUUACGUACCCCAGUCACCAAAUCGGUAAAAGGUGGAUUGGCCCAAUUAUUUCCUGAGGAGCUCCUCUAUCAUAUUUUACGUGGCUCGAUCGAAAAAUCCAAAGUUGAUCUCAAUUUAGUAGAUGAUAUAUUGGUUGGUGCUGUUUUGCAAACCUUGGGAGGUCAAAAAGCUUCGGCGCUAGCUGUUAAAAAAGCGGGGUUCCCUAUAAAGACCACGGUCAAUACUGUGAAUCGACAAUGUGGUUCUUCGGCACAAGCCAUAACUUAUAGCGCAGGCUCUAUACUCAGUGGCGAGAAUCAGUUUGCUAUAGCCGCAGGUGUUGAAUCAAUGACGCAUGAUUAUUUUCCCCACAGAGGUAUUCCUCAAAGAAUAUAUCAACCAUUUUUGGAAAGUGCUGAUGAAGAGGCUAAAAAUGUAUUGAUGCCAAUGGGUCUCACUAGUGAGGCUGUUGCUGAAAAAUUUGGAAUUGGUAGAAAGGAACAAGAUGAAUUUGCAUUACAAUCACAUUUAAAGGCUGCAAAAGCUACUGAAAGCGGCCAUUUUGCCAAGGAGAUUGUUCCAGUUGAAGCUCGUUUGCCCGAAAGUGACAAAACUGUUUUGAUCUCUAAAGAUGACGGUAUACGGGGUAGCUCGACUAUUGAAAAAUUGCUGGCAUUAAAACCUGUUUUCAAAGAAGAUGGAGCAACCACUGCUGGAAACUCAUCGCAAAUCUCAGAUGGUGCAUCAGCUGUAAUUUUAACAACCAGAGAAAAUGCCGAGAAAUUCGGCUACAAACCAAAAGCAAGGUUUAUUGGCUCUGCAGUUGCAGGUGUUCCGUCCGGAUUAAUGGGUAUUGGGCCAUCUGCCGCAAUUCCACAAUUGUUAAAUCGCUUAGGUUUAGCAACAAAAGAUAUCGAUAUCUUUGAGUUAAACGAAGCCUUUGCGUCACAGCUGAUAUACUGUAUCAACAAAUUAGGUUUGGAUAGCAGCAAGGUCAACCCAUAUGGAGGAGCUAUUGCUCUCGGCCAUCCAUUAGGUGCCACUGGUGGUAGAGUUACAGCUACUUUAUUAAAUGGUUUGAGAGCUCAAAAUAAAGAAUUGGGUGUCAUUUCAAUGUGUACUUCCACUGGCCAAGGCUAUGCUGGAUUGUUUGCCAACGAGGAGUAA